CAGUGUCAGCCGUUUAGGAAAAAUGCAAGAAUAUUUUUGAUAACACUAUCUAUCGUUACAAAUUAAAAUACAAAACACAAGGUGUUUCAGAGCAGUAAAGAAUACUAGACAUUAUUAUAUAAGGUCGUUUAAAAAUGUAUUCGGUCGCUUCACGCUCUCAUGGAGUGUCAGUACGAGUAAUACCUUUAAUCAGAAAAUUACCACAAAUUGGAAAUGUGUCAAGAAUUAUAGUGCCAGGAAGUGUGAAUAAAACGUUGCAAUUUAACAAGAAUUAUUUUACGGAUGCACGCCAAAAUGAACAUAAAAAUGUUCAUCAACUUUCAUACAAAUACUUAUUGUAUUCUAUUUUGUUUAGUGCAGUUACUUAUACGUCGUAUAAGAUCUGGUUGGGUCACCAAGUAUUUCCUGCUAUUACUGCAGCCGAACAAAUAACAGAAACUGACUCUGACAGUGAAGUUGAUACAAAAAAGAAAAGAUAUAGGAGAGAAAAGAUUGGAUUUAGAGACAGAAAGAUCAUUGAAUAUGAAAACCGCAUGAGGUCAUAUUCAACUCCGGACAAGAUAUUUCGCUAUUUUGCAACUGUUAAGUUGAGUAUUGGAGAGAACACUGAAGUUUACAUGACACCUGAUGACUUCUUGAGAGCAAUCACACCAGGCAUGAAGCAGCCUGAUGGUUUGGGCUUAGACCAGUACAGAAGAUAUGAUCCUAAGAACAUCGAUGAGAGUAUCACUCAACGACUUAACCUAGAUCUUGACGAAGAUUCGAUUUUCUACAAGCUCGGCUCUUCGGGUCUGAUCACUUUCAGUGACUACAUUUUUCUACUCACAGUUUUAUCAACAUCGCGUCGUCACUUCGAGAUCGCGUUCCGCAUGUUCGACCUGAACGGCGACGGGGAUGUGGACUGCGAGGAGUUCGAGAAGGUGGCUGCGCUCAUCCGCCAGCAGAGCAGCAUCGGCUCACGGCACCGCGACCACGCCAAUACUGGCAACACCUUCAAGGGUAUCAACUCAGCGCUGACCACAUACUUCUUCGGUCCGAAGCUAAAUGAGAAGUUGACCAUAGAGAAGUUCCUCGACUUCCAACAGCAAUUGCAGAAAGAAAUUUUGUCUCUCGAAUUCCAAAGAAAACAGCCAGAUGAAAACGGUCGUAUUACGGAGGCUGAUUUCGCAGAGCUGUUGUUAGCUUACGCCGGUUAUCCUGCUAAGAAGAAGGCGAGGAUGCUUAAACGGGUCAAGAAAAUGUUCCGCGACCACGGCGUUGGUAUAACUAAAGAUGAUUACCUAAAGUUCUUCCAUUUACUGAAUAACAUCAAUGACGUGGACACUGCGUUGACGUUCUACCACAUCGCGGGCGCGUCCAUCGACCAGCCGACGCUGCGGCACGUGGCGCGCACCGUCGCGCACGUCGACCUGCACCCGCACGUUAUUAACGUCGUCUUCACCAUAUUUGAUGAGAACAUGGACGGUCAACUCAGUAACAGGGAAUUCGUAGCCGUAAUGAAGAACAGACUUCUCCGAGGCUUGGAGAAGCCCAAAGACACGGGAUUCGUUAAAUUAAUGUACUCAUUAAUUAAAUGCGCAAGAGAUACCAAACCUGCUUUACUCGAUUUUUAAGCACUUUUUAAUUAAGAUAUUCCUAAUUUAUCUCACUUACUGGUCAUUACAUUUAAGCUCUAUUUCUUUAAGGUUAAGGAUUAUAAUGCUAUGACACUAGAUCAUAUUUGUUACUAUUGACUUGUUACGAUAUUUAAAUACAAUUGUAACGUUUUCCUGCAGUUUUGUUUGUUGAUUAAGGUGUUAGUUAGCUUAAAGGAAAUAUACCAAAAUUUAGAAUAUAUUUAGCAUGGUCAUAUAAAUAUUUGUAAUUUGUUUGAAAUAAUAUUGUUAUAAGAAUGAAAUGCAAGGAUGUAUGCCGAGGUUUUUUCAAUAGUUAUUUGUUUUUUUGCAUGCAACAAGCAAGAACAUCUAAUGAAUUAAUGUAUUCUGCUUUAUUACAAUAUUUAGGGCCUGUCCCACUAAAUUGUAAAUUGUCUGAUAGCAAUCCAACGUGCAAAAUACGUGAUGGAAAUAUCGGAUUUUGUUCCCUUAUCUGACAGGGACGUCAUUUUUAAGCUAUCUGAGCCUCUAUCAGCCAGUGGUAAGAAUAGGCCCUUAUUCUCAGAAAUGACAUUUUCCGUUUUUAUAGUUUGUUGACUUUCUUACUAAGUAAUUUAUCGUUUUUAUAGUAAUUAUAGCAAAUACUUAAAAACACUUUAUGAGGCUUAUCUAUUAGCUAAGUAUAUAAAAAUUGUAAAUAACUCAGCUAUCGGAGUGUUAUUCUAAUGUUUUUAAUUGCAUUUAGUUGUUAAAGAUCUGCUUUGUUUGGAUAUAACUUUUUUACUUGUUGUUUAAUUGUAAUGUUAUAUACAUUUUUAAUUAUGAAUAC